GCGUGAUGCUAUUGGUCAUCCUGCCUGGUUCAGAUGUUGCUCCCUAACAGACUUGAGAGGAGGUUUAUUGUUUCUCUUCGUCGCGAACGGAAAAUUUCUUGCUGAGAUCUGGAUUCCGAAGUAGAAAAAUCAGAGAAGGGUUUACAAUGGCUGGAGGAAAGGCUGGAAAAGACAGUGGGAAGGCCAAGGCCAAAGCAGUGUCUCGCUCACAGAGGGCUGGACUGCAGUUCCCAGUGGGCCGUAUCCACAGACACUUGAAGACCCGUACCACAAGCCAUGGGAGAGUCGGGGCAACAGCGGCCGUCUAUAGUGCCGCCAUCCUUGAGUAUCUUACAGCUGAGGUGUUAGAGUUGGCAGGAAAUGCUUCAAAAGAUCUCAAGGUGAAACGUAUCACCCCCCGUCACCUACAGUUGGCCAUUCGUGGGGACGAGGAGUUGGACUCACUCAUCAAGGCCACUAUCGCAGGAGGAGGUGUCAUUCCUCACAUCCAUAAGUCUCUGAUUGGGAAGAAGGGCCAGCAGAAGACUGCAUAAGAGAUGUGGCUACCUGGGUUGUGUGUCCUCCACUGAAACUGUGCAGAUGGAGAUGCCACCCAGCUCAGGCUACCUUUGUUUAUUCUUUUGUUUUUCAUUUUUAUUUGUUGUAGUUUAAAGUGUUAAGAUUUGGCAUUGUAAUAUUUCAAAAUCUACGCAAAUACUAAAGCGAAUCAUUUGUUUUUAGAUUGACAGUUUGGGGGGGUUGAAUUUCUUGUGACUGAUUUUGAUUGGUGAGGGUUGUAAAGUGUUUUAUACUAAGAUGGAAAUGUUAACCUUUAAAAGAAAAAAAUAACUUUUUCCAUUGGUCUUGCAGUACUGUGCCUAUUUUUGGUGUAUUUUUUGAAUGUCUAUAGAAUUCAUAUGAACUGUCGGCUGUUGUGUUUAAUGCCAAGACAUGAUGUAAAGCACUGCAAUACUACAAUAACAAUUCAAGUUCAUUCACUGCGA